UCCGCUGACAUUUUAUCAGAUUCACUCCAAAGAUUUUCUCCCUCUCUCUCUCUCUCUCUCUCUCUCUCUCUCUCUCUCUCUCCCCAGCUCUUUAGUACGGCGAUGCCAGCGCUGGCUCGGCGCACAGUAGCCCCGCUCGCACCCGACGGAGGGCUGUGUCCUGCCCGCGGCCGUGCAUCUCCCAUAUGCUUGGGUCACUUGUGGCGAAGGGUGGCUGGCACAUUGACCGGAGGUGGUGAGAAGCUGCUGUGAGCAGAGUCAGGACCGUUCAGCGCAACGGUGGGAACGCCCAGCCCGGCUUGUACACUGCCAGCCCUUGACCUUGCCCAUCAUCCGUUACUGUUGCCCAGGAAGAUCCCACCGGCCAGAGAUUGGAGCUGGGCGCGAACCAUUACCACAGCUCAUUUGGAAAAUCGGAAUCGCAGGGGGGAACUAUUAUCUGUCAUACGUUGGCGAGGCUGUCAGCAUCAGGAGCCUUGACACUUGAGAGGUGAUCGGCGAUCUCGGUGCGGUGGACUGUCCAGAAGGAGAGGCUUGCGCUAUGAACACCAGCGCAGUGCCCUAUCAGCAGAACUCAUACAGCCAUGGAGGUGAGCCUGCAGGCAUCCGCUGCUAUCGAUGUGGUGGGCUGUGCAAAGGAGAGGUGGUCCGAGUGCAUAAUAACCACUUCCACGUCAAGUGUUUUACUUGCCAAUAUUGUGGUUCCGACUUGGCCCAGGCAAACUUCUUCUUCAAGAAUGGAGAAUAUAUUUGCACGCUGGAUUAUCAACGGCUCUAUGGCACACGCUGUGACAGUUGUAAGGAGUUCAUCGGGGGAGAGGUUAUCUCAGCUCUGGGAAGGACAUUCCAUCCAAAGUGCUUUGUCUGCACAGCCUGCAGGAAGCCAUUCCCAGUUGGAGACCGUGUAACAUUCAGUGGCAAGGACUGUGUAUGUCAGCAAUGUUCUCAUACAUUGAUUACAGCCUCGGAACCGAUAAAGAUUCAUGGACCAAGUCAGUGUGCUGGUUGUGGAGAUGAAAUCAAACAUGGACAGUCACUACUAGCUUUGGAGAAGCAGUGGCAUGUGAGCUGCUUCAAAUGUCAGUCCUGUGGUGUUGUCCUUACAGGAGAAUACAUCAGCAAGGAUGGCGUUCCUUACUGUGAAACGGAUUACCAUUCUCAAUUUGGCAUUAAGUGUGAGAGUUGUGAUAGAUAUAUCAGUGGAAGAGUAUUAGAGGCAGGAGGCAAACAUUACCACCCAACUUGUGCAAGGUGUGUCAGAUGCAACCAGAUGUUCACAGAGGGAGAAGAAAUGUACCUAACAGGCUGUGAAGUAUGGCAUCCCCUUUGUAAACAGUCUGCAAGAAUGGAAAAGAAGCUACGGCAUAGGCGUGCCUCGGAAGCUUCGAUCUCUCCUCCCGGAUCCAGUAUUUCAGGAUCACCUAAUCGGGUCAUCUGUGCAAAGGUGGAUAAUGAAAUACUUGACUAUAGGGAUCUGGCUGCUCUUCCCAAAGUUAAAACUAUCUAUGAUGUCCAACGUCCUGAUCUGGUUUCCUAUGAACAAUAUCAAAAAUCUGCAUCAGAAGACAGACUUGAAAGAUACAGUUUUGGGGAGUCACUUGGAAUGCUGUCACCAUACUCGCAGGACAUGUAUGACGGGAUGGAUUUAAGGCAGAGGAGAUCGUCCAGUCCUGGAUACAUUGACUCGCCCACAUACAGUCGACAAGGAAUGUCUCCCACAAUGCCCCGAUCACCCCAACAUUAUCACAGACCAGGCACUGAAAGCGGCCGGAGUUCACCUUAUUAUAGCCAGCUAGACAUCAAACCAAGUCCUGUCCAGACUCCUAUACAUUUCCAUAUACCAGCAAGUGGAGAAAUUUCUAAUAUCUACCGGAAGCCCCCUAUCUAUAAGCGACAUGAAUAUGUGUACAUAGCAACAAAAAGCAAAACCAGUGAGGAUAUUGUACAGUCUGCAAGAUAUCCCGCAGCUUACUCUCCAGAUAUCUUCCAGCAAUCAGAAUCUGAGUAUUGGCAUUACCCAACUUCACCGAAAGCCACAAGAUGGAGUCGAAGGUCUUCUUGUGGAGCUGAGGAUGAAGGUCAAAAUAUAUGGGACCAGGGUAUUCAGAGGAUACAAAGUGGCAUUAAUCGAUUAAUUCUGAAGGAGGAAAUGAAAGCUAGAUCAGGGACAUAUGAUAACGAUCCUUGGACAACACGAAGUUCUUCAACAAGUAGAGAAUAUCUACAUAAUGUAGGCUUUGAUUCUCCACUCAAUGGAUCUUCACGUGGACUUCACAUGGGUGAUAGCGAUCCACUGAUUUCCAAGUCUGCUUCUCUUCCUGCCUACAUGAGAAAUGGAAUGCACAGGCCCCAGAGUGCUGACAUUUUCCAAUAUGACAAUGAUAGUUCUGUUAAUUGGGGAAUGCGAGAAUACAAGAUUUAUCCAUUUCAUCUGCUGAUGGUAACCACCAGAGGUCGACAUAAGUUGCCAAAAGAUGUUGACAGGACAAGAUUAGAGCGUCACUUAUCACCAGAAGACUUCUAUCGUGUGUUUGGAAUGACACUCGCAGAGUUUGAUCGACUUGCCUUAUGGAAGAGAAAUGAAAUGAAAAAGCAAGCAAGGCUCUUUUAAACAAAUGUAACCAUCAUAUUAAAGGAAAAAACUACCUACCCAAGUAUAUGAGCAUUUAAUCACACAAUCUGUUAUUAGUGUUUUCACAUCAUAUAAUGUUAAGAAAGCUACAAGUAUCUAUGGAUGUUCUGCAAAUGUCUGUCAGUUGUGGGCUCGUAUAUCCAUUAUUUUAUGCAUAUUUUGUGAUAUAAUUCACUAAGCAUCAGGUUUUUGGGAGUAAGAUUGCAGUGCCCCCAAUUCAUGUGGGAUUUUUUUUUAAAUAAAGUAGGAUUUUUUUCUCAUUUAUCUUUUGUUUGAUUUCCUUAUCUUCCUCAGAUGAGAGUUUUAAUUUCCAUUGUCUAUGAAUUAUAUUAUUUUGGAGCAUUUAAGUUACCUUACAUUUAGAAUUACUGAAUGACAACACUCUACAGAAGAGAGAACUGCCGACAAAAUGUAUUGCUGACGUAGCUCUUGUGCACAUUGUCCUAAAUAGAAGCCACGAUGAUGACACAGAUAAGCAAAUCUGUAAAUGAUGAUAUUUACUUUAAUGAUUCUUAACUUUUUUUGUUAGCUGAUAUAGAGCCCCAUAAUUGUUUGUUCAUUGAUAAUCGCUGCAUUUUGUUCAAUAAAUAAAUCAUGCAAAUUUGGCCUAGA